AACUGUCACUGCGUCGUUCCGGAAAUGAACUUGGAAAAGAAAAUCAUAAGGCAGGAAAGGCGGUCUUUUGUCUGAAAACCGAUUUAGCCAUUUUCUUGACUUGUAAUUUCACUACCAAAUCAGCCAUUUUGUAUCUUGUGUUGUGUUGAUUCAUUCCUCCAUCUUUACGUAAUGGAAACUAAUGAUGUUAGAACUUUAGAAAACCACUACAAAGUCCAUGCUAGAGAAGAGAAAACUGAUGAUAUAGAUGAAUAUUGUUAUGUUAAAGAAGAGAAAACUGAUGAUGUAGAUGAAUAUUGUUAUGUCAAAGAAGAGAAAACUGAUGAUGUAGAUGAAUAUUGCCAGGUUACAGAAAAGAAAACUGAUGAUAAUGAAACUAAUGACGUACAUAAAUACAUGUAUUGUCAUGUUAAAGAAGAGAAAACUGUUUAUCAGUGUAAAUUGUGUGACGAAGAAUUUAAUUUAGAAACAGAUUUAGAAAAACAUUGUGAAAUACAUGUUAGUCAAUAUAAAUUGUGUGAUGAAGAAUUUGAAUUAGAAACUGAUUCAGAAAAACACUCUGAAGUACAUGUUAAAGAAGAGAAGUCAGUUUUGCAGCAUGGUAAAAAUAAGGAGACACCUUUUAGCCAGUAUAAUGAAACAAAGAUACAAAAUCCAGAUGUUUCCAAAGAAUGUCAUAUUUGCGGUAAAUCUUUUAUUAAAAAUUACUUCUUGCAAAUUCAUAUGAGAAUUCAUACCGGUGAGAGAACUUGUAAAUGUGAUGUUUGUGGUAUAUCAUUUAUUCAUAGUAGCAGUCUUCAGCAACACAUGGAAACUCAUUCUGAAGAAAAACCAUAUCAGUGUGAGGUUUGUACUACAUCAUUUGAAGAAAGGAGCGAACUAAAACAGCACUUAAGAAUUCAUACUGAAUACAGACCAUUUAAAUGUGAGAUCUGUAGUAAAUCAUUUAGACAAAUGAGUGGACUCGGGCAGCAUAUGAAAAUUCACACAGAAGAGAAGCCAUUUGAAUGUGGUGUUUGUAAUAAAUCAUUUUAUACACAUAGUCAUUUGAAAGUACACAUUAGAAUUCAUACUGGUGAAAAGCCAUUUAAAUGCGAUGUUUGUAAUAAAUCCUUCUUUAUUAGUAGUCAUCUAAAGAGACACAUGAAAACUCAUAUUCAAGAUACAGUUUAUAAUUGUGAGGUUUGUUGUAAAUCAUUUUCUCAGACGAGUCGUUUUGAAAGACACAUGAAAACUCAUACUGAAAAUAAACUACACAAAUGUGAUGUUUGUAGUAAAUCGUUCACCAGGAAUACUAAUCUGCAACGACACAUGAGAACGCAUACCGGCGAGAAACCCUAUAAAUGUGGUGUAUGUGGUAAAUCAUUUGCUCAUAGUAGUACUCUACAGUUACACAUGAAAGGCCAUACAGGUGAAAAAACUCACGUAUGUGAUAUUUGUGGUAAACCUUUAUCUUCUGGAGGUAAACUCCAGUCACAUAUGAGAACCCAUACGGGCGAAAAACCUUACAAGUGUCACAUUUGUGGUAAAUCAUUUUCUUCUCAUCUUUACGGACACAUGAGAAUUCAUACAGGUGAAAAACCUUACAGAUGUGAUGUUUGUAAUAAAUCAUUCACUUUUAAAAAUAAUUUACAGGUACACAUGAGAAUUCAUACUGGUGAAAAACCUUUUAAUUGUAACAUUUGUGGUACAUUAUUUAGAGAACAAGGUCAUCUUCGGGAACACAUGAGAAUUCAUACCGGUGAAAAGAAAACAUUAUAAAUGCGAUGUUAGUAAUAAAUCAUUUACUGUGAGGUAUAUACAGGUCUCUCUGGAUUGCCCUUUUCCCCUGUAGAUAUACAUGUAAGUAUUGGGGGUACAUGUAUAGUGCGCUAACAAACCCCCUUGACUACUAUCGUCAAAUUAUCUACAUCAUGACUACUGUUAAGCUCCCUACUCGAGGUCGAAACUUACGAUUAAAGCGCUGUAGAACAAUCUCAAUUUGAACUUUUAUGCAUGUGUAAUGUGUACAGUUGUAUAUAGUUAGAAUUUAACUGUUAAAUGGUUAUGUUUAUGUGGUACAUGCAGAGUCAGAUUAAGCUUGCUUUGGACUCCUGACUGAAAAUGUCACUGGGUCCCUUGAAUUAACGAGUAAAAGGAAGCAUAUUCUGUUCUUUGUCUGUCACAAUUGCAGUUUGUACAGUAUGGUAGAUAGAUAGAUUUGUUUGAGAUAAACAUAUACAACAUAAUAAA